AUGGAAUUUCUAACGCGGAAAGUCAAAUCUGUCGCUAAGAUUGACGUGUGUCAAAUCAAUGGCGAGAGCGAUUCUCAAAAACAUAAGCGGAGCGAGUCCGCGAUGAGUCCAGCGCCCCCCGCGCUGCAGAACAAAAGCAGCACUCAGCUCUGCGUUGGCAAUCAGUCGCACUCUGUCUGCGGAAGCAAGUGUACGCCCGUUGAUUUAGAAAUGGAGCGCGAUCGCAUCGGAAUGUGGGGAAGUGGGGACGGUCCGUCAACGGGCAAGAUCUCCGGUCUCGACCGGCUUAAGCAUCCCGGUCUCAACAAGGGUUUGGCGUUCACCAUCAGCGAGCGUCAGGCCUUGGGUAUCCAUGGCCUACUGCCGGCGAGGGUCAAGACGCAGGAGGAGCAGGUCCAGCUCUGCAAAAUCUCGAUCGAGCGAUACGAAGACCCCCUGAACAAAUACAUCUACCUUAUGGGGCUACUGGACCGCAACGAGCACCUGUUCUACAGCUACGUGGCGGGUAACGUUGCAGACGCGAUGCCCAUAGUGUACACUCCGACCGUGGGCCUUGCCUGCCAGAAGUACGGACUCAUCUACCGUCGUCCCCGCGGACUUUUCAUCACCAUCAACGACAAGGGACACGUCUACGAUAUACUGAAGAACUGGCCCGAGACCGACGUCCGUGCCAUCGUGGUGACUGACGGCGAACGUAUCCUGGGCUUGGGGGAUUUGGGUGCGUGCGGUAUGGGAAUCCCCGUUGGCAAGCUGGCGCUUUACACGGCCCUGGCAGGAAUCAAGCCACACCAGUGCCUGCCCAUCACGCUUGACGUGGGCACGAACAACGAGACGAUGCUGAAGGACCCGCUGUACAUCGGCCUGAGGCAGAGGCGCGUGCGCGGCGCGCCGUACGACGACUUCGUGGAGGAGUUCAUGCGCGCGGUGGUGCGCCGCUUCGGCCAGAACUGCCUCGUCCAGUUCGAGGACUUUGGCAACGCGAACGCGUUCCGGCUGCUGGAGAAGUACCGCGGAAAGUACUGCACGUUCAACGACGACAUCCAGGGCACGGCGGCGGUGGCGGUGGCGGGCCUUUUGGCCAGUCUGCGCCUCACCGGCAAGAAGCUGGCCGACAACACCUUCGUGUUCCAGGGCGCUGGGGAGGCGUCGUUGGGCAUCGCAGAGUUGUGCGUGAUGGCGAUGAAGGCAGAGGGCGCCACAGACGCGGAGGCGCGCGCCCGCAUCUGGAUGGUCGACUCGAAGGGUCUGAUUGUGCGCGAUCGGCCCGAGGGUGGUCUGAACGAGCACAAGGAGAAGUUCGCGAAGGACUGCCCCCCCAUUCGCACCCUCGAGGAGGUGGUGGACGCGGCUAGGCCCUCGGUGCUCAUCGGCGCUGCCGCCAUCCGUGGCGCCUUCACGCCCUCUAUCCUGCGCAAGAUGGCGUCCAACAACGAGCGCCCCGUCAUAUUCGCGCUCUCCAACCCCACCAGCAAGGCGGAGUGCACCGCCGAGGAGGCGUACUCCAACACGGACGAGCGCGCCAUCUUCGCGUCGGGCUCCCCGUUCCCGGACUUCCGCACGAAGGACGGGCGCACCCUCCGCCCGGGGCAGGGCAACAACGCCUACAUCUUCCCCGGCCUGGCGCUCGGCAUCGUGUGCGCGGGCAUCGUCGACGUGUCCGAGGACUUCAUGCUGCUCGCCGCGGAGGCCCUAGCUGAGGUCGUAUCUCAGGAGGACUUGGACCGCGGCAGUUUGUACCCUCCAUUGGAGGCCAUACAGGAUUGUUCCGUCAAGAUUGCUAAGAAGAUUUUCGAGCACGCCUACAGCACGGGCAAAGCGCAAGUGCAGCCGCAGCCGCUGGACACGGAGGCGUUCAUCCGCGCGCAGAUGUACGACCCGCACUACGACGCCGCCCUCCCGCCGCAGUACUCGUGGCCCGACGCCAACGCUUCGCCCACCGUCGACCUAAUC